CAGCCCUCCCUCCCCAUCCCUCAGAAGGGUCACCAGUGAUGGCUGGAGUGCAGAGGGGUGAAAGAUUAUUUUGACUCGGUUCCAUUCCACCGGCAUCACGCUCGAAUGGAGGCUUAACGGCCAGUGACCCGAUUUCAAUUAAAUGUAAACGGGACAAUUUUCCUUCGACUUGGGGUUGACUGUCUUCACAGUGAGGAUUAGGCUGGGGAGGAGUGAUGCGUUUAUUUAGUCCUCGCAAGUUUACCGCCUCCCGCCAGCAUGCCUGCGUUAGAUGACCUCCUGGAGCACGUCGGCGAGUUCGGCCGCUUCCAGCAACAAACCUUCUUCUUCCUGUGCCUGCUGUCGGCGUCUUUCACCCCCAUCUACGUGGGGAUCGUGUUCCUGGGGUUCACCCCCGAACACCGCUGCCUGAACCCGGGCGUGUCGGAGCUGAGCGGCCGCUGCGGCUGGAGCCGGGAAGAGGAGCUCAAUCGCACGGUGCCGGGGCUGGGGAGCCCUGGGGGGGCCUUCACCCGCCAGUGCCGCCGGUUCGACGUGGACUGGAACCGGUCAUCCCUGAGCUGCGAUGACCCACUGGCCCGGGCCGGGAACCGGAGCGCCAUCCCGCUGGCCCCCUGCCGCGACGGCUGGGUCUACGACACCGCCGGAUCCUCCAUCGUCACCGAGUUUAACCUGGUGUGUGAUGAUUCCUGGAAAGUAGAUGCGUUUCAAUCCUCCGUGAACAUGGGCUUCUUCAUUGGCUCUCUCAGCAUCGGUUACAUCGCCGACAGAUUUGGUCGCAAGCUGUGCCUCUUAGUCACCAUCUUCAUCAAUUCCGUCUCCGGGGUGCUCAUGGCCUUCUCGCCCAACUACGUGUCCAUGCUGAUCUUUCGUUUACUCCAAGGAGUGGUCAGCAAGGGGAGCUGGACUUCUGCCUACAUCCUGAUCACAGAAUUUGUUGGCCUGAGCUACCGGAGAACCGUGGCCAUUCUGUACCAAGGAGCCUUCACCUUUGGCCUCGUGGUCCUUUCCGGAGUGGCCUACGCAGUUCCUCACUGGAGGUGGCUGCAGUUGGCCGUCACCCUGCCGAGCUUCUUCUUCUUGCUCUACUACUGGUGCUUGCCCGAAUCUCCCCGUUGGCUGCUCUCCCAAAAUAGAAACCAAGAAGCACUAGAGAUUGUGGAUCACAUUGGUCAGAGGAACGGGAAACGGCUGCCGGACAGCAUGAAGACUCUUUCCCUUGAAGAGGACACUUCUGAAAAACGGAACCCAUCCUUUGUGGAUCUGUUCAGCACCCCGCAGAUGAGGAAACACACUUUCAUUUUGAUGUAUAACUGGUUCACAAGUUCUGUGCUCUAUCAGGGCCUCAUCAUGUACAUGGGAGCCACAGGGGGGAACCUGUACCUGGAUUUCUUCUACUCUGCCCUGAUGGAGUUCCCCUCAGCCCUCAUCAUCAUCCUCACCAUCGAUCGCAUCGGCCGCCGCUUCCCGUGGGCCUUGUCCAAUCUGGUGGCUGGGGCCGCCUGCCUUGUUGCUACUUUUAUUCCCGGCGAUUUGUCCUGGUUAAAGACUGUGGUGGCCUGCUUGGGACGAAUGGGGAUUACAAUGGCUUUUGAAAUGGUUUGUUUAGUGAAUGCAGAAUUAUAUCCAACAUUUGUCAGGAACCUCGGAGUGAUGGUCUGCUCUUCUCUGUGUGAUAUUGGAGGGAUCAUAACCCCCUUCAUCGUCUUCAGACUGACCGAAGUUUGGCAUGAGCUGCCGCUUAUUUUAUUUGGUGUGGUGGGCUUAAUCGCUGGUGGAACAGUAUUACUUCUCCCGGAGACCAAAGGCAAAAAGCUACCAGAGACCAUUGAAGAUGCUGAAAACUUGAAGAGUCACCGCCAGAAGGAGAAGACCAAAGAAAAGUUGAUUUAUCUUCAAAUCCAAACAUCGGAGUUAGCAAAAAACUAAGAAUCAGAUCUGAGGUUUGCCCAAGGAUGUCAUGGCGAAGACCAGCUGUCUGAACCCGUCUCUCCUUUAUCUCUACUGAUUUUCAGGAUUCAUCAUGUUCAUCUGCUCUCAAGGGACUGUGUCACUGCCAAAACAGUGUUCUCCAGUCUGCUUUCCUUCCACCCUAACCGGAUACUGAAUUAGUGGUCUUGUCUUAUGCUUUUGAGUUGUCUCAGAUCCAUAGUGACCCCACUGAUACAUCUCUCCCAGAACACCCCACCUCCAUCUGCAAUCAUUCUGGUAGUGUAUCCACAGAGUUGGCUUGGUAAAAAUACGAAAGUGGUUUACCGUGGCCUUCGUCCGCACGGUACACUUGAGUCUCCACCCUCGACUCUCUUCCAUGCCACUGCUGCCCAGUACAGGUGAGUUUUGACUCGUAACAGAUUUAUUUCCACUUUCUGGCCACUGGCCAAGCUAGGAGUGGAAUGGGUAGGCCUCUGCUUCACUCCCCCUCCCGUAGUCAAGACUGGUAGAGUGCUGGAAUCCCUCCAGUUGCGAUCCUGAGAGGGUGAAUUAGUGGGACCCACAGUAUUUAUCUUUUCACAUAGAGGUGGGAGAGGAGACGGGCUCCUCCCCAAUUGGCCAGAAAAUCUUAAGGCCCUCCAUCACAUGAAUUCUGCCUCAUCCAUCAUCAUUGGUAUUUACUGAGCACUUACCGCAUGCAGAGCACUAAAUGCUUGCGAGAGAGGUGUCUAAAACUGGAUAUACACGUGUUCAAUAGCUCCUCUUAUUCUCCAUAUCAAGAAUCUGCUUUUGAUUUACAGGAUGCUUGCCUAUAUUAGCAAAAUAUCGUAUUUUGGUUUUUUUAAGCCCAGUUGCUUGAGAUGUGCAAAUAGCUCAUUCCAUCAAGCUAAGAUUUAAAAGUCAGACUGACUGACGUUCAUGGUUAUUCAGGGAAAUAAACAACUCCCAGGUCUGCCUCUCUAGCUUCCUAAUGGAGAUAAAGACACACAUACUUCAAUUGCUUACAGAGGGCAAAUAAACAAGAAUUUGAAAGCAGAGGAGGAAUUUGAAAUAAGGGGGAAUUCUCGCUAGGUUCUAAGAACUGAUGGACCAUUUUUAGGAAUAAAGUUUCUGUGACCUGCAAUUUCUUUGAUUUCUGUAUCCUAUCCGUGUUGUAGCAGUGGGUGGAUUUCCUCAUUAAAGUGAUAGAAUAUGUUAGUCGGCCACCCUGCUCCGAUUGAAUCAUUAAAAAAUCUCUUUUCGAAUGCA